UCCCGAGGUGCGGCCUCCGCCCAGCCGGGGGGCGUCGGCGCGGGCCCGCCAUGGCCGCGUCCGAGCUCUACACCAAGUUUGCCAGGGUUUGGAUCCCUGAUCCUGAGGAAGUAUGGAAGUCAGCGGAGUUGCUCAAAGAUUAUAAGCCUGGAGAUAAAGUCCUCUUGCUUCACCUGGAGGAGGGGAAGGAUUUGGAGUACCAACUAGAUCCAAAGACCAAGGAGCUGCCUCAUUUACGCAACCCUGACAUACUUGUUGGUGAAAAUGACCUCACAGCCCUUAGCUAUCUCCAUGAGCCUGCAGUGCUCCAUAAUCUCAGAGUCCGCUUUAUUGAUUCCAAGCUUAUUUACACAUACUGUGGAAUAGUCCUGGUAGCUAUAAAUCCCUAUGAGCAGCUGCCUAUUUAUGGAGAAGACAUUAUUAAUGCAUACAGCGGUCAGAACAUGGGUGAUAUGGACCCACAUAUCUUUGCAGUAGCUGAAGAAGCUUAUAAGCAGAUGGCAAGAGACGAGCGCAAUCAGUCCAUCAUUGUAAGUGGAGAGUCUGGAGCUGGGAAGACAGUGUCAGCUAAGUAUGCCAUGCGAUACUUUGCAACUGUAAGUGGUUCUGCCAGUGAGGCCAAUGUUGAGGAGAAGGUUUUGGCCUCUAACCCCAUCAUGGAGUCAAUUGGAAAUGCUAAAACAACCAGGAAUGAUAACAGCAGCCGUUUUGGGAAGUAUAUUGAAAUUGGUUUUGAUAAGAGAUAUCGAAUCAUUGGUGCCAACAUGAGAACUUACCUUUUAGAGAAAUCCAGAGUGGUGUUCCAGGCAGAAGAGGAGAGAAAUUAUCACAUCUUCUAUCAGCUUUGUGCUUCGGCAAAGUUACCUGAAUUUCAGAUGCUACGAUUAGGAAAUGCAGAUGACUUCCAUUACACGAAGCAAGGAGGCAGUCCUGUGAUCGAAGGAGUGGAUGACGCGAAGGAAAUGGCACACACCCGGCAGGCCUGCUCGCUGCUGGGGAUUAGUGAAUCUUAUCAAAUGGGGACUUUUCGAAUCCUUGCUGGCAUCCUUCACUUAGGCAACGUUGGAUUUGCAUCCCGAGAUUCAGACAGCUGCACAAUUCCUCCCAAGCACGAACCACUUACCAUCUUCUGCGACCUCAUGGGUGUGGAUUAUGAAGAGAUGUGUCACUGGCUCUGCCACCGGAAGCUGGCUACUGCCACAGAGACUUACAUCAAGCCCAUCUCCAAACUACAGGCAAUAAAUGCCCGUGAUGCUCUGGCAAAGCACAUCUAUGCAAAGCUAUUUAACUGGAUCGUAGAUCAUGUCAACCAGGCUCUCCAUUCAGCGGUCAAGCAACACUCUUUCAUUGGUGUGCUGGACAUUUAUGGAUUUGAAACAUUUGAGAUAAAUAGUUUUGAACAGUUUUGCAUAAAUUAUGCAAAUGAAAAACUACAGCAACAAUUCAACAUGCAUGUCUUCAAAUUAGAACAAGAGGAAUACAUGAAGGAGCAAAUUCCAUGGACACUCAUAGACUUUUAUGAUAAUCAGCCUUGUAUUAAUCUUAUUGAAUCUAAAAUGGGCAUUCUAGAUUUGCUGGAUGAAGAGUGCAAGAUGCCUAAAGGUACAGAUGACACUUGGGCUCAAAAACUGUACAACACACACUUGAACAAAUGUGCCCUCUUUGAAAAGCCCCGCCUGUCAAACAAAGCUUUCAUCAUACAGCAUUUUGCUGACAAAGUGGAAUAUCAGUGUGAAGGUUUCCUUGAAAAGAAUAAAGACACUGUUUUUGAAGAACAAAUCAAAGUCCUUAAGUCAAGCAAGUUUAAGAUGCUACCAGAACUAUUUCAAGAUGAUGAGAAGGCUAUCAGUCCCACCUCAGCCACCUCUUCCGGGCGUACACCCCUUACCCGCGUUCCUGUAAAGCCCACCAAAGGCCGACCAGGCCAGAUGGCCAAAGAGCACAAGAAGACAGUGGGGCACCAGUUUCGAAACUCCCUGCACCUGCUCAUGGAAACCCUCAAUGCCACUACACCUCACUAUGUGCGCUGCAUUAAGCCUAACGACUUCAAGUUCCCAUUCACAUUUGACGAGAAGAGGGCAGUGCAGCAACUGAGGGCAUGUGGUGUCCUGGAGACCAUCCGAAUCAGCGCAGCGGGCUUCCCCUCCCGGUGGACUUACCAAGAAUUUUUCAGCCGGUAUCGGGUCUUAAUGAAGCAGAAAGAUGUUUUGGGAGACAGAAAGCAAACCUGCAAGAAUGUGUUAGAGAAACUGAUAUUGGACAAGGACAAAUACCAGUUUGGAAAGACAAAGAUUUUUUUCCGUGCUGGUCAAGUAGCUUACCUAGAAAAGCUGAGGGCAGAUAAACUGAGAGCUGCCUGCAUCCGGAUCCAGAAGACCAUCCGCGGGUGGCUGCUGAGGAAGAAGUACUUGAGGAUGCAGAAGGCAGCCAUCACCGUGCAGAGAUAUGUGCGGGGCUAUCAGGCCCGAUGCUAUGCUACAUUUCUGCGCAGAACCAAAGCCGCGACCACCGUCCAGAAGUACUGGCGCAUGUAUGUGGUCCGCAGGAGGUAUAAGGUCAGACGAGCCGCCACUGUUGUUCUUCAGUCUUAUUUGCGAGGCUAUUUGGCCAGAAAUAGGUAUCGCAAGAUUCUCCGUGAGCACAAAGCAGUCAUCAUCCAGAAGCGUGUCCGGGGCUGGCUGGCUCGUAAGCACUACAAGAGAAGCAUGCGGGCCGUCAUUUACCUGCAGUGCUGCUUCCGGCGGAUGAUGGCCAAACGUGAGCUAAAGAAACUCAAAAUUGAGGCCCGCUCUGUGGAACGCUACAAGAAACUCCAUAUUGGCAUGGAGAAUAAGAUUAUGCAGCUGCAGCGCAAAGUUGAUGAGCAGAAUAAAGAUUACAAAUGCCUCAUGGAGAAACUGACCAAUCUGGAAGGAGCGUAUAACUCUGAGACUGAGAAGCUACGAAGUGACUUAGAACGUCUUCAACUCAGUGAGGAGGAGGCUAAGAUUGCCACUGGGCGGGUCCUUAGCCUACAGGAAGAAAUUGCUAAACUCCGGAAAGAUCUGGAACAAACUCGCUCAGAGAAAAAGUCCAUUGAAGAACGAGCAGAUCGGUACAAGCAAGAAACAGAGCAGCUGGUGUCGAAUCUGAAGGAAGAAAACACUUUGCUGAAGCAGGAAAAAGAGAUUCUCAAUCACCGUAUCGUGGAGCAGGCUAAGGAGAUGACAGAAACUAUGGAAAAGAAGUUGGUAGAAGAAACAAAACAACUAGAACUUGACCUGAAUGAUGAAAGGCUGAGAUACCAGAACCUUCUGAAUGAAUUCAGCCGGCUGGAAGAGCGGUAUGAUGACCUCAAGGAGGAAAUGACCUUGAUAGUGAAUGUGCCUAAGCCUGGACACAGGAGAACAGACUCCACCCACAGCAGCAAUGAGUCUGAAUACACCUUCAGCUCUGAAAUUGCAGAAACUGAAGACAUCCCACCAAGGACAGAGGAGCCAAGUGAAAGGAAGGUGCCUCUGGACAUGUCCUUGUUCCUUAAGCUCCAGAAGAGAGUCACAGAGCUGGAGCAGGAGAAGCAGGCGAUGCAGGAUGAGCUAGACCGCAAGGAGGAGCAGGCCCUCCGCAGCAAGGCGAAGGAAGAAGAAAGACCACAAAUGAGAGGCGCAGAGCUGGAAUAUGAGUCCCUUAAGCGUCAAGAACUAGAGUCAGAAAACAAAAAACUGAAAAAUGAGCUAAAUGAGUUACGCAAAUCUCUCAGUGAGAAAAGUGCCCCCGAGGUGACCGCUCCCGGUGCUCCUGCCUACCGAGUCCUCAUGGAGCAGCUGACUUCUGUGAGCGAGGAGCUGGAUGUCCGCAAGGAAGAAGUCCUCAUCUUGAGGUCUCAGCUGGUGAGCCAGAAAGAAGCCAUCCAGCCUAAGGAUGACAAGAAUACAAUGACAGAUUCCACAAUACUUUUGGAAGAUGUGCAGAAAAUGAAAGAUAAAGGUGAAAUAGCCCAAGCAUACAUUGGUUUGAAAGAAACAAAUAGAUCAUCUGCUAUGGAUUGCCAUGAGUUGAAUGAGGAUGGAGAGCUGUGGCUGGUUUAUGAAGGGUUAAAACAAGCCAACAGGCUCUUGGAGUCCCAGCUACAGUCCCAGAAAAGGAGCCAUGAGAGCGAGGCUGAGGCCCUCCGCGGGGAGAUCCAGAGCCUCAAGGAGGAGAACAAUCGCCAGCAGCAGCUUCUGGCCCAGAACCUGCAGCUGCCCCCCGAGGCCCGCAUUGAGGCCAGCCUGCAGCAUGAGAUCACUCGACUGACCAACGAGAACCUGUAUUUUGAGGAGUUAUAUGCAGAUGACCCUAAGAAGUAUCAAUCAUAUCGGAUUGCACUUUACAAAAGGAUGAUUGAUUUGAUGGAACAACUUGAAAAGCAGGAUAAAACUGUCCGGAAACUGAAAAAACAACUGAAAGUAUUUGCCAAAAAAAUUGGUGAACUAGAAGUGGGCCAGAUGGAAAAUAUAUCCCCAGGACAGAUCAUUGAUGAGCCUAUCCGUCCAGUCAACAUUCCCAGGAAAGAAAAGGACUUCCAAGGGAUGCUGGAAUACAAGAAGGAAGAUGAACAGAAACUUGUGAAGAACCUGAUUCUAGAACUGAAGCCACGUGGUGUAGCUGUCAAUUUAAUUCCAGGGUUACCAGCGUAUAUCCUGUUCAUGUGUGUGAGACAUGCUGACUACUUAAAUGAUGAUCAGAAAGUAAGGUCAUUGCUAACAUCAACAAUUAACAGCAUCAAGAAAGUACUGAAGAAAAGAGGUGAUGAUUUUGAAACCGUCUCCUUCUGGCUUUCCAAUACAUGCCGAUUUUUGCACUGCUUGAAGCAAUACAGUGGAGAAGAGGGCUUCAUGAAGCACAACACAUCUCGCCAGAAUGAACACUGCCUCACCAACUUUGACCUGGCUGAGUACCGGCAAGUGCUGAGUGACUUGGCCAUUCAGAUUUACCAGCAGCUUGUGCGGGUGUUAGAAAACAUCCUUCAGCCAAUGAUCGUCUCAGGCAUGCUGGAACAUGAAACAAUUCAGGGUGUGUCUGGAGUCAAGCCCACAGGGCUCAGAAAGCGAACUUCCAGUAUUGCUGAUGAGGGAACCUACACACUGGACUCGAUCCUACGGCAGCUCAACUCCUUCCACUCGGUCAUGUGUCAGCAUGGCAUGGACCCAGAGCUGAUCAAGCAGGUGGUCAAGCAGAUGUUCUACAUCGUGGGGGCUGUCACCCUGAAUAACCUCCUCCUGCGGAAGGACAUGUGCUCCUGGAGUAAAGGCAUGCAGAUCAGGUAUAACGUCAGCCAACUGGAAGAAUGGCUCCGUGACAAGAAUCUAAUGAACAGUGGGGCUAAGGAGACCUUGGAACCUCUUAUUCAGGCGGCUCAACUUCUACAAGUGAAAAAGAAAGCAGACGACGAUGCAGAAGCUAUCUGCUCCAUGUGCAGUGCUCUGACCACUGCCCAGAUUGUAAAAGUGUUAAACUUGUAUACUCCAGUUAAUGAAUUUGAAGAGAGAGUCUCUAUAUCAUUUAUUCGUACUAUACAGCUGCGUUUACGAGACAGGAAAGACUCUCCUCAGCUGCUUAUGGAUGCAAAACACAUCUUUCCUGUCACCUUUCCUUUCAACCCAUCCUCCCUUGCACUGGAGACCAUCCAGAUCCCAGCCAGCCUGGGCUUGGGCUUCAUCUCACGGGUCUGAAAGACGACCAGGCAGAGCUGACAAUACAUUUCUUGCCUGGCUGGAUGAGAACCGUAGUUAUAGUCAGGUACUGAAAAUGCAUUUUGUAAAGACACUCUCACUAAGAAGUUUAACUGGAAAUCUCCCUAGAAUACUUUCACCAUCUUAGAAAGAGACUCCUUUGUGCUGCGUUACCUUUAAAGGAUAAUUCACCCUGAGUGUACCUGCAGCUGAAUGCUGGAAGGAAAGGAAAAGAGAGUAAAUGUGUCUUUAGCUGCCAGCAUUUAUUUUACAUCAUUAUCACUGACUUAAGUGGUGUACAAACAUCAGUGGCAUAUAUAUGAACCGUUGUUAGGAAGGCACCAACCAAGAAUCUCCUCUGCUAAGCAGAGGACCUGAAAGAACAGUCAUAUUACAUGCAUAUCAUAUUAGCUUAGGAAACAAUUGUGUUAAUAUUGUCAAACUGGAUCAAAAAUAAACUGGCAAUUGUAAAGUAAUUGGAUCAAGUAGCUUCCUUGUUUGUAUCAAUAUGGCAUAAAGACAUUAAAGAGUGUUGAUUUGCUGUAUAGUAUAGAUGCCCAUUGGUACUAUGGCUUACCAAGCAUCCUAAGUUGCUGCUACAUACUGUCUCCUUGAAACUUAAAAGAUAUCCUUAUUAGGCACUACAACAAUAAGCUUCUCUUUUAUCAACUCUGUUUACAGCUCAAUCAGAUCACUUUUAACUGGAUUAUAUGCAAAUGUCUACAGGUUCAUUUGCACAGGUAGCAAACACGGGGAAAUCACACAGUAAGAUGACAAAUGCUUGACAUUUAGGGUAGGGUUAGAGUGGCUAUCAUUGAUGUCAUUGUUUAUUCAGGAUGUAUUACAUUGAUGUGCUCAUUAACUUUCCCUGGUGGAUGUCACAUCAGGGUUUGGUGUUUUGUAAAGUGGCUUACUUUUAGUUCCCAGAUCAGAUUCCUGCAGUGCAUAUUUUCAGGCUUGACCAGUUUUCUUUCUUAAUUUAUUAAGAAUUAACUUUAGUCACUAUCUAGAGAGCAUUGUCAGAAUAUUCACAAGUCAGGUCUUGAAACUUUGAUUGUCUUAUAAAUCAUGCAAAGAAGUUAUAUAAUAAAUAGUUAUAAUUCAGGCCUUCAGGCUUUUCAGCAUCUGUAAAUGUUCUCAGAUGCCACUAUAUACUAUUGAAAAAAAUCAUAUUAGACAUAUUUUUAAAAUACUUAUAUAAGAAGAUUGUUAAAUUUUACUGAGGAUUUGGUUCAAUGAGACCCAGAUUCUAUAAAUUUUCAUUCUGAAAGUCCAAUUAAACAUAUUCUUUAAGUAAAAACUUCAGGCUGUACAAAAAAAAUAUUCUUAGCUUUCAUUAGAAACUGGUUCGUAAUUACAAUCAUAGAUUUAUAUAAUUUGACUGCUAGAUGGUCUAUAUAACAAUGACAUAUCUUACUUAAGUAUGUGCAAUAUUAUUUAUGGAAGUCAAAACAAUUUCAGAUCAGUGGUCAAUACUAUUAUUAAAAGAAAAACAUUGUCUGUUAACUUAUUUGAACCUCAGUUUUCUUGUUUAUAACAUAAGGGGGUUGGACAACUGGUUCUUACAGUUCCUUCCCCUCAAAUUCUCACAGUGCUUGGCUCCCAGAGGAGAGAGCCACCGUUGCUCACUGUCCUCUGCUAUGAAGACCGUGUAUAGUGCCUGUCAGUUCCCAGGGUUAAUAUAGUAAAUUCAUAAGCUUGUGUUGCCACAACUUUUCCCCAGUGUACAUGAUUGGAGUACAUGCUUUUAGAAAGUCCUACUAUGUUUGUAUUAAUUGAAAGUUAAGUAGUUUAAUCUUCAUUAUAUGAUGUACUGCUUUAUUUUGGGGUUUUCUUUGUUUGGGGGUCUGUGUUUGGUUUUGGUGGUGCUUAGAAUCAAACCCAGGGCUUUGUAUGUGCUCAGUAAGCACUCUAUUACUAAGCAACACCCCCAACCCUGUAUUGAGUUGUAGUGCAUACAUUCAUUUGCAGUGUCAACCUAAAACACUAAUUCAACCAGAUUCUCUCUUUUCUUGGUCAGUAUGGUUUUAAUGAAAAUCAUUUCAUUAGUAGAGCCUGACAGCAUAGAUGGACUGUAGAGGGAAGUGGGAGUUGCCAAGCAAAUGCAGCCAUGUGCAGGCUGUCCCCUCAGCCUGGCGGUCAGUCUCCCCACACCCUCCUUCUAGCCUAGCCAGAUCAUUUUAUCCAUGCACACCCUGAAUCUUGUCUUCAAGAUCACGCCGUAGCGUCCACCGUCAUCACAGCUGCUUUUCCCUCUUUCCUGUCUUCAGUUUUUCCACUGGCAAGUGCUGGAGCCACUAUUCCAUGCCUGAGCCAGAGCCAAGAUGGGGAUCUGAACCCACUUCCCUUGUCUGUCAAGAAUACCUUACUACCAGGGACCACCCAGGCUUGGUGGUUCCUGUGCACACUUUGUUGAGAAGGCAGGAAGUUUCUGCUGACUGCUCACUUUCCUCUGUCAUCCACAGUCUUUACCAGGCUUCAGACCCACACCCAAUCCUUCCCUGGCCAUUUCACUCUCUCUCCCCUCAGCCUAGUCAUAAAUUCCAUCACCUGUUGACUCACCCAGAGUGUGCAUUAAAGACAGAUGGACAACUGGUUUUCGGCUGUCUUGGCUGGCCUUCCUGGGUCCUUGCUGGUCACACUUCUUUCUGUACAAUACACUCUCUAACAUUAUCACUAGUUGGCUUUUCUGUAAUUCCUCUAUGACACAUAUUUGGAAUUCAAAGAUCUUGAAAGCCACGACAAUUCUUUGUCUCAAUAGCUCCUUUUAAGUAGUUACCCACCCCCCUUUCCUCAGCUCAGACCUUGGGGUGCAAGGUAAAGAUAGAGGAAUCAUUUCUGCCUACAGCUGUUCAUAGACCAAGGCUUCAGUCUGCCUAGAGUAACUCUACAGGGGGAGCUACAAAUAUGAAUAAAAUCCUCAUGUUGCCUUUGGAAGUUUUGAACAUUCCACACUACCUGACAGUACUUUUGGGUGUAAAAAUACAAAAUUAUAUUCCAAAGCCACAUGCCGUGAGAGUUGGGAUUUGUGUCAGUUGAGAUGAUCUGCUUCAUUACUUCUUCAUUUAGUGGAACACUGAGCUUGUGUGUGUGAUGCAGAUCGCCUUUAAUGUCGUGGAGGUGGUUUUGGAAAUCAUUUGAGUCUCAGUGCCAUCAUAAGGGAUUGCUUCCUGGUAAUCCUGGGAAAGGAGAACUGCCGCCAUCCUGAAAAAUCCUUACACACUGUCCUCCCUCCCUCCCUCCCCCCCCCCCCGCCACUCUCUCUCACACACACAUCCCAGUAGAGAGUUCCUUAGGAAGCUGCAUGGUGGGUCUUCUGGGGAGCCCUGGCUUCUUAGGACCCCAGAGCGCCAGCAUCCACGUGCGCUGCCACUGUCUGCUGAGAGGGCCCAGCAGUGGACUCGUGCGGACACGUGCGUCACGCCAGCGCUCCUCCUCUGGGUUCGCUCACUUCCUCGCUGCUGUGUUGACGAGAAGGCUCCCACGAUCAUUGGCUGAAGGAAGCUUGGGACAGAGAUAAGGCCAGUGUGGUGCCGCCUUCUAGCCGAGCUGCUGUCCCAUACUGAGCAAUGGUCAUCUGGGCAGAGUUAAGUCCUGAGUGUCCUGAUGCCAUGAGUGCCCUGGGCCCGUGAGUGGUGCUCUUCUUCAUCAGAGCUGGCAGCUGGCAUGUGGGAAGGAGCACGUGAUGAGCACUGGCUUAUCUGCUCCAAGGAGGCUCAGCACCCAGGUUCUUGUAGUUACCUGCCAUAAGUAGGCUUGACUUUCAUCUCAGCACUCCCGGCGAGUGCUGACUGAGUAGGCAUUCCUUAGUAGUCAUGGGUUGCUAGACCAAAAGGACAAGAAGCAGGGGAGGCCUUCGAAGUGGAGAGGCAGGUCACUCUCCCACACCCUGGGGGUCCCUGUCAGAGCCCCUCCCCGGCUCGUCUGCUGCACAGAAGAGCCCAAAGUAGUACCUGCCUUCUGCGGGCUGUCCACCAGGCAGGCCAUAGGUGAGUCAGCGUGCAUGGGCACAGCCACGCGCACGCCGACAGCAACUCUGAGCUAGGAACUAUGUGUAUGCAUGCGCUAGGGAGGCCCUUGGAUUGCUGUGGCCUCUGUUGCCAGUAAGUGCAUUGUGUUUGUUCUCAGGCUGUGCUGUGAGGGCCGCCUUAACCCUCGCUCCCUUCCCUUUUAGAGCUGCCUUAAGUUCUCCAGAACAUGUCCCCCGUAAGGGUACCUUGUCCUAUUUCUCAAGGUUUUUCCAGGUUUUGGAUUGGUGUGGCUUCUAACCAUUAACUCCUUUCUUCACUUCCUGCAUCACCUCCCCUUCUGUUACUUUCUCCUUCCUUUGCUUCUGACAUUUCCAAACAGGGAUGAGAAUUAGGGAGUAUUAUCAGUCUUGUAGCCAGUAAAAUGUCAGCUUCGAGAAUGUUCCUGAGUUAGACUCUGUAAAAUGACCAUGCAGGGAAGAAGUUGGGAAAUAACUGGAGUGUUCUCCACUAACCCUUUCUUAACAAAGGUUAAAAAAAAAAAAAAAUACAACUCUGAAACAUUUUCUGGGCAUCCUUUAAAGAAAU